AUGACUUUCGGGUGGAGCGCCGGAGACAUCGCUAGCGCCGUUAAACUUAUUGUCUCUAUAGUCUCUAGCCUUCGCAGCACUAGCGGUGCUCGGGAGCAGUUUCAGGAGCUUGAGACCGAGCUGCUCGGCCUUGAGCAUGCGCUUGAGCAAAUUGACUAUCUGGCAAACUCUACCACACCUCCCCCUGAGAUUGAAGCUCUCAAGGAUUCAAAUGACAAGCUUGCGAAUAUCCUCCGAGCUCUGGCGAAAAGGAUCAUCAGUUCACCAGACUCCCGCUUUACAUGGGUGCAAGAACCUAUCCGGUUCGAGAACGCUCUUGGAAACGUCAUGCCCAUCGCCUCUGAGUCUGAUUGGGAUAUUCUUGAAGCUAUUAUCUUAGCUCAAUUCAGCAAAGAACUGGGCAGAAAGAAGGUUUUUGCCGGAGAAUACGAGCUUUUCGAACGUUCCGCAGACCCAAUGUAUCCGAUGACGCUUCCGGUAAAUGCGACAAGCUACCCUCGCCUCAGGCCUGGGAUGAGGAUCACCAUGGCUAUUGUAAUUGGCCACGUAGCGCAGGAACGUUGUGGUAUGUUUCUCCUGGAACCUGACGAGUUGGAAAAAUGGGCGAAGGAGGCAGCGGCUAAAGAACAGGCCAGGGUGGGAUUGAAUAUCAAUUACGACAAUUACGACAUGUACGAUGAUGCUGAGGGGUUUCUGUGA